GCAGCUGCUGCGUUCAUUAAUAUUUUGAAAAUUGCAAAAUAAAGCAAUGUGAAUUGUAUAUUACUUUGUCCUUGUGUAGUAGAGUUAUUUGUAAAAUAUAUAAACCGAGUGCUUUGUAAAUAUGGCUCCACAGCGUGAACCAAUUAGUGUGCGUACAACUCGCCUAAACAAUUUAAUUCUCAAUAGAAGCUGUUUCGCGGGUUUUGGAAAUGGCGCCAUACAAAGAAAGUCAAUAGCGGCAGGCCGUCGUAGCACCUAUGGCGCUGCAACCGUGAGUCCUGCUUUGUCGGAAGCCCUUACUCGUGAAAGUCUUCUCGAUGCUUUAUGUUUAUUAUACAAUGAAUGUAGUAAAGAUUCAUUAAAGAAACGCGAUCGUAAUAUUGCGGAAUUUGUUCAAAAAUAUCGCCCAAUUGUGGAGGAGGCUCAAUCGCUACGUGCUAAUGCUGAUGAUUUUACCGUAAAGACACUCAUUGGUAAGGGAUAUUUCGGCAAUGUUCACUUAGUUAUUGAACGCCAGACGAAUGAUGUCUAUGCCAUGAAGAAGAUAAAAAAAUCGGUGGUCACCACAUCACAAGUAAAAGAAGAACGUGAUAUAAUGGCACGUCGAAGUUCUGAAUGGAUAACAAAUCUUCAAUACGCAUUUCAAGAUACUGACAAUCUGUAUUUAAUAAUGGAAUUUCUUCCUGGCGGUGAUUUACUAAGCUUAAUGACACGGCAAGGACCCUUUGACGAAGAACUUGCACGAUUUUAUCUCUCUGAACUUACGUUGGCUAUACAUUCGCUUCAUGAAAUAGGCUAUGUACACCGCGAUAUCAAACCAGAAAAUAUUUUGAUCGAUCGCUUUGGACACAUUAAACUUGCAGACUUUGGUAAUGCAGCUGCUCUGGAUCGUGAUGGACAUGUGUUCAGUCUGUCUCCGGUUGGCACUCCAGAUUACAUCGCUCCUGAAUUAUUGCAGACAAUAUCCACAUAUAAACUAACGAAGUCAAUGCAUGAUGUAAGCUGUGAUUUUUGGUCAAUGGGAAUUAUUGGUUAUGAACUUAUCUGUGAAAUAACACCAUUCCAUGAAGAGAAUGUUCACGAGACAUACUCAAAGAUUUUAAGCCAUUGUGAAGACAGUCACUUAAAAGAGAUUAUAACAUUUCCUUCGGAUAUAAAUGUGUCCGAAAGCUAUAAAAACCUCAUAGGUUCACUUGUCACGAACCCUACCAAUCGUCUGCCAUAUGAAAAAAUUAAACGGCAUCCAUUUUUCGAAUCUGUGAAAUGGGAAACACUUCGUUCCCAAGUACCACCCAUCAUUCCAACUGUAAAUAGCGACGACGACACUUCUAACUUUGAAGAUGUUAUUCGUAAUAAGAGGCGUACCAACACAUUUGUUAAAAAAUCAAUUACUACAAAUGUCCAGUCGAAUGAAUUCUGCGGUAGAGAUCUACCCUUUUUAGGUUACAGUUUUGUGCAUAUGGCAAAACAAAGUGCUGAUGCGGAAGGAGUUGCUGAUGAUGCCCGGUUCAGUCGAUUGAAUAUUAAAAUAAAAGAUUUACAGUCAAAUCUAAAAGAGCGCGUGGAAGAGAUUAAUAAACUGAAACAACAGCUAAUCCGGGCUGAACAAGCGGCUAAACAAUCAAACACUCAAUCUAAGAUAUUGCAAGAUGCCAAGGAUGAAAUUAAUAAAAUGAAGAAUGUUAUCAAGGAGAAGACUAUGGAGUUGGCAGCAUGUAAAACGCAAAUAAAAACUCUUCAGAGUUCCGUAAAAGUAGAAGAGGAAAUGUGGGAAAAGAAGGAGGCUACAAUAACUGAACUGUUACGGGUAAAUCGCCAGAAAUACGAAGAGGCAAAGAUUGCCUCAGAACAGCGUUACGAGAAACUAAUUGCAGAGAAAAAACACGAGUUGGCAAAUAUUAUCCGAAAGUUGGAUGCACGGGAAAGCGAAUUGAACGGCAAAGCAGAAGAAUGUAAGCAUUUACAGGAGAAAAUGGAGAAUUAUAAGGAAAUGUUACGUCAAUAUAAGGACCAAGCUCUGGCUGAUAAGGAAGCUUUUGAAAGAAAUAAACUACAACUAAGCGAAACAUACGAACAAAAGUUGACAGAGCUUCGUUCUAAGUUGAGGAAUGAAAAAGAUUCAAAGUCUCGUCUCACAAUGGUACUACGCGAAGUACGAAAUGAAGUAGACGAAUCAGUUAGUACAUCUAAAUCCCUACAAGAGUCGAAAUUGGCCAUGGAAAAGAAUAAUGAUGAGAUCUUAAAACGAUUGAAUAGAGAGUUGGAGGAGAACAAUUCCUUACAUGCACAAAAUACACAGUUGGAACAGCAGUUAGAAUCCGCACAAAAGGCAUUACAGGACCAACAACAUGAGAUUAACCGUCUAGAACGCGAAUUGAAUGUAGCAGAAUGUGGAAAGAAUUUAGCACAAUCAGAACUUGCUACGCAGCAAUCUUCUCCUUAUGAAACGGCACCAGGCUCACUGACCGAAUUACAUGUUAUAGAGGAACAGUUGCGCGCCGACUUAGAAACAGCAAAAGAAAACGAAAAUGUACAGAAAACGCGAGCUGACAAAUUGCAACAGAUAGUUGAGAAACUUGAAGAAAUGUUGGAUAAAUUCAAUGAACAGGCGCUGUCGCUAUCUCCAAGGAAAGGUGGCGCAUCUAGUAAUGAAAGUAAUGAACAUCCGGUUGCCCAUCACAUUCCCAGUAGCGUUGGUGAUAUGCUGGAAAAACAAAAUGAGAAAUUAGAAGAUCGACUCGUCGCCGUACGCGAACAAAUGAUUGUUGAGCGACAGGCGGCGCGCACAGCAAAUUUAUCGCUUUGGAAAGUGGAGAAACAAUUGGAGGAGGCUAUUGCUGAGAAGAAAAUGACGCAAAGGCGAAUGGAAUUAACUGAAGAUAAAAUAAAGAAAAUCCAGUCGGAAAAAGAUGAAGCCCUACGUCAAUGCAAAACUGCGCAUGAUGAAACAAAACAACGGGAGGAACGCAUUCGUGAGCUGCGAGAUGAAAUAUCUUCAUUGAAACGUGACGUAAUGAAGGAACAUCGAAUGUGGGAGAAAGCAGAGCAGGAACGCAUGCAAUGCAAAUCUGAGAUAAUUGAGCAUAUAUCCAAUGCACAAAAAUUAGAAGAACGUCUCUCAGACCUCAAUCAAAAGGUUCAGCAGAUUCAACAGAAAAAUGAUUCCCUUCUGUUGGAGAACAAAAAAUUACAACGCGAGCUAAAUGAAGAGCGUGAAAGGAGUAAUUCGGCAAGCGACAAAUCAUCUCACAUUCAAAUCGAAUUGAACAAUCUAAAAGACAACUACGAACGUCUCAAGUUUGCCUGCACCAUAACAGAUAACCAACUCACCGAAGUGGAGAGUAUGUUAGAAGCGGAACAAAACCGUAAUAAGAGUCAUCAAGAAAAGCUGGACAACUUAAACGCGACCUUGCGUAAAAAGGAAGACCUCAUAGCACAGCUCAGGAAAGAGCUAUCCGAUGAGCAAGUACAAAAAAGUGCUUCCGAAUCGCGUGUACAAGCGCUUAACACGGAAAUUACCGAAUGUGCUGAGAAUUUGGCACAAACGCAGAAGAAAUUAAUUGCUCAACAGCAACAACUGAUGGAACAAACUAACCACUUGUACCAAACACAAGAACGCGUCGAAGUGCUCACGAAUGAAACCGCAAACUUGCAAACGUUAAACGGAAACCACGAACGGGAACUGACUUUGCUAAAAGAGGAAAAUGCGCGUAUUCUAUCCGAAUUGUUCCAUACCAAAGAACACUGUGAACGCUUGCAGCAAGAGUUGAGAGACGCACUAGUAAAUUCCAACGAACUUCAUGCCGAAAUCGAUGAGCUGCAAGAAAUAAUGGCCGAGAAGGAAUCGUUCUAUGUGCAGCGUGAUAUCAAAUCGGAAGCCACAUUGGCACAACACAAAAAACUAAUAGACUACUUACAGCUGAAGGUGGAAGAUUUGUCUCAUAAGAAAAAACUAACUUUCACGGAAAAAUUAUUCGGAAGUAGCGCACAUAGCAACGCCAGUAAAAAAGAGAACAUUUCACCAGCCGCCGUCGAGACAUCAAUAUUAUAUCGCACACUGAAGGAAGAGCUACGUCGUGAAAAACAACGGUCUAAAACACUCCAGGAUCAAAUUGACAAACUAAAUGGUGUUUCGCAAAAUAUUGUUGGUUCCACGAGCGGAAUGAGGUCCCCACUGAAAAGUGUCAUAAAAAAUGAAAGUAACACAGAGGAUAAUGCCAACAAAACUGUAGGAACCUUACCCAAAUCAUCACAAAAACAAACUCAAGCAGACGCUAAAGCAACUACCUCUAACUUGCAAGUCACAAAUGAACAAGCACAUCACCGCUUUGAGCUGGCAUUACAGGAAACUAAUAAUUGCGACAAUACCUGCAUUGCUUGCAAAAAGCCAUUAAUAGCUGGUUCGCCGUAUUGGAAAUGUAAAGAGUGUAAAAUUGCUGCACAUCGCAAGUGUCGUAUUGAUGUACAUACGCAGUGUGGCAACCAAAUUGACCAAGUUGCUUUAUUUUCUCAAACAGCCGAGGAUCAGAGCGAUAUAGAUUCGAUCUCGAAAUAUUCAUAUGAGGGUAAAUUGGAUGACAUUGGUGAUGCUACCGAAUCUGCAUCAGAUGUUGCCCAAAACGAGUACACUGGAAAUUUGAUAUUCUGUGUAGAGGUGCAACAUAAUAAUGAAAAUUUAGAGCCCUUGGAGAUCAAUUGUGCAUUCGAAAUUGAGGAGCAAAAGAUAAUACUUCUAGGCUGCAAUACUGGUCUAUUCGCCUUGCACAUUCAACAGCCACAGCGAUUGAUGCAUAUUGCUGGUAUUGAUUCUGUCAGCUGCAUCGCCGUUUCUUUGCCACUUGCCAAAGCAGUAUUGGUGGGAGCUCGCGGAGAGUCACUAUUUCAAUGCGAUUUCCGUCAGUUACUGUCGCGAAGUCAAUCUUCUUCACCUUAUGUGAAGAACAGCCUCGAAGCUUCUGUAUUGGACCUACCAUUUUGUAAUCGAUCCACUAAUGAGAAGUGGCAAAUGGUAAAAAUAUCAAACGAAGCGGAUAAUGCUUUGGACUCGGUAGCUAUAGCAGCAACAUCUACACGUAUUGUAAUUAUGAAAUAUGACUUAAAGCAGCAAAAAUUCGCACCUGUACGGGCGCUAGAUACCGCUACACCAGUUUCAUCAAUACUUUUUACACGCCUUACAGCUAUUGUUAGCUCAGAUAAGUUCUUUGAGAUUGAUUUGGAAACUUAUGCCGCUGAAGAAUUUGUCGAUUUGUCCGAUCACGCGCUUUCGCAUAUACAUAACUGCCAGCCAGUUGUUGCCAUACGAAUCUCGCAGCAAGAAUUCCUGCUUUGUUUUAUGGAAUGUGGUAUUUUUGUGGAUGAAUACGGUUGUCGUUCGCGACCAUAUGACUUGAAUUGGGAAUACACUCCCACAGGUUUCAUAUACCGUGAACCAUUUCUCUAUAUUGCGCAUUUUCAAUCAGUACAAAUAUUACGAAUACAUCGCUCUUAUACAAAGGAGCUGGCCAGCGCAAACAAUAUGAAGGAUAUGGAUGCAGAUGUCGAUGAUAGCUGUUCGAACUCCAAGCGCAUUUAUUUGAGAUUCUAUAUGCCAACAUUACUCACAGAGAGCGGAAAAGUAAACGUUUAUAUGCUCGCAAUACAAAAAGAAACUGGACUACAACAAAUAUAUCAUCUGGAUUCAUUCCAAGCAUUCAAACAAAAGCUAAACGAGUCAUUGGAAACGAUUUCAUCGAUAGCAACAGCGAUUACUGCUGAAUCCAUCCCCACCUCUAACCCUGAAAGUAUCGAUUAAAACAAAUGUUUUUUACUCUUUAUUCUCAUAGAAAUGCACAUUAGCUAUUUGAAUGUGAUUUCUUAUACACGUUACAACUGAUACUAUUUUUGUAUUUGAAUUGAACCACUUAUUUAAUAAAAUAUGU